ACAUAUUUGAUCAAAUACUAUCACAUACGGCAUACCCGCCAUUUCCCUUUGAUUUCAUGUCAAUGGAAGCAACCAGUAAACCUCCACAGCCGUCACUCUCCUUACCAUGGAAAACACGCAUUACUCUUUCCAUUCUCUCUGCUGUCACUGACGCAUCUUGCCGGAAAAACGGCACCAUCAACCGUCGUAUUCUCACCUUAAUCGACUUCCGGAGCCCACCAACGUCAAAAUCAAUCAACGGCGUAACAUCACACGAUGUCGUUGUAGAUGAGACUCGUAAGCUCUGGUUCCGAGUCUAUGUACCUACACAACACGAAGGUGACGAUCUCCCAGUGAUCGUGUUCUUUCACGGAGGCGGAUUUGUCUUCCUCUCCCCUGAUGCUUUUACUUACGAUGCUGUGUGCCGACGCUUCGCGAGAAAAGUCCCGGCCGUCGUAGUUUCUGUGAACUAUCGCCUUGCCCCUGAGCAUCGGUAUCCGGCCCAACAUGAUGAUUGCUUCGAUGUGCUGAAGUUUCUUGAUGAUGAAGAGAACAGGUCUAAAUCUUUGCCGGAAAAAGCGAAUCUGUUGCGUUGCUUUCUUGCUGGAGAAAGCGCCGGUGGAAACUUAGCUCAUCAUGUUGCUCAACGAGCAUGUGAAUUCAACUUCCAACAGCUCAAGGUCGCCGGAGUUGUAGCAAUUCAACCAUUCUUUGGCGGCGAGGAGCGAACGGAUUCUGAGACUCGCCUCGCCGGAACACCAGUAGUUUCAGUUAAACGAACAGAUUGGAUGUGGAAGGCAUUUUUGCCAGAAGGGGAAGGGUUCAACCGGGACCACCCAAUCAUCAACGUUAGCGGCCCACAGGCGGUGGACAUAUCGGAAGUAAAAUUGCCGCCGGUCAUGUUGGUAGUCGGCGGGUUCGAUGCCCUAAAUGACUGGCAAAAAAGGUACUAUGAGUGGCUGAAAAAGUCAGGGAAAGAAGUGUAUUUGUUUGAGUAUCCAAACAUGUGCCAUGCAUUCUAUAUCUUCCCGGAAUUGCCUGAAUCUGGACAACUUAUUGCCGAAGUGAAAGACUUUAUUGAAAAGAUAUCGAGUAAUGUUGCCACUAAAUUCACAAAUUAAAACCUUGUUCAAUAAUUCGUUUUAUUAGAUAUGUAUAUGUAUAAAUGAUUGAACCAAAAGCAUAUUACAUUGUACGAAUCAAAUAACAAAGCCGGAGUUGGUUGUUUUGGUAAAAUAUAUCUAUAUUUCUAAAUGAUUAUAUGAAUCAAAUAAGAAAGUUGGUCUUUUGUUGUUUAUGUGAUAUUGAACUUGUCUGCCAAAUCGUUAUUUGAAUCAGACAAGAAAACUGGUGUUAGUUGUUUUCGUAAAUUGAUCCAGUUUUCGAACGAAUAUACGAAUCAAACAAGAAAAUUGGUAUAGGUUGCUAUU